AUGUCGUCACCACAGAAAACCAAAGCAACAAAACCUCGUCAUGUUCCGACUCAUCCUGGAUACAAAGAAAUGAUCAUCGCUGCAAUCAAAUCACAAGAAGAAAAGAAAGGAUCAUCACGAGUCUUUAUUCGCAAAUAUAUCGAGGAAAAUUUUGAUGUCAAGCAACAAGGUUUCACUACACAUUUAAAUAGAAAUCUCAAGAAGUUAAUUGAAUCAGAAUUUCUGUUUCAUCCGAAAACUUCACCUGGAUGUUAUAAAAUCAACAAAGCUGAACUAGCCAAAGAAGAAAAGGAAGCCAAGGCAAAAGCAAAAGCUGCAAUUAAGAAGCAACAGGAAAAAGAAAAACUCGAGAAGGCAAAAGCGAAAAAACUUGAAAACAAGAAAAGUACACAAAAGAGCGAAAUAAAGAAAAAGACUACAGUCAAGAAAACGAGUGCCACCAAGAAAAAGCCCGUAUCAAAGAAAGAAACGGGAAACAAAACAAUGAAAAAGAAAGCAUCUACCAAAGUAGACAAAAAGACCACGAAAACUACAAAAAAGACCACAACCAAGAAAUCUACGAAGAAGACUCCAAAGAAACCUUCGAUUAAAAAACCGAAAGCUAAGAAAGUCAACAAAGUCCAAAAAUAA